GUUCGUCAGUCCACUCACAGCAGCCGCGCUCAUCGCACUGAUUUGAUCUCAGGAACAGUGAGAAUUAAAAAUGUCGCUUACAGUGGAAGAGAUUAAAAACAAACUUCAGUCUCCAGGGGAUGACCUUGUUUUCUUCGUUAAUGGAAAAAAGAUCACUGAGAAGAAUGCCGAGCCUGAGAUAACACUCUUGACAUAUCUAAGGAGAAGCUUGGGUCUGACGGGAACCAAACUGGGAUGUGCUGAAGGAGGUUGUGGAGCCUGCACUGUAAUGGUGUCCAAAUAUCAUCCACAUCAAAACCAGAUUAUUCACUAUGCGGUUAAUGCCUGUCUGGCUCCUCUGUGCUCUCUGCAUCACUGUGCGGUUACAACCGUGGAGGGCAUCGGCAGUGUUGCGAGCAAACUCCAUCCUGUACAGGAGCGAAUUGCAAAAGCUCAUGGGUCACAGUGUGGGUUCUGCACUCCAGGAAUUGUGAUGUCUAUGUAUGCUCUUUUGAGAAACAACCCUCAACCCAACAUGCAUGACAUUCAGGAGGCCUUUCAAGGCAAUUUAUGUCGCUGUACUGGGUACAGACCUAUUCUAGAAGGCUACAGAACAUUCACAAAGGAUGGGGGAUGUUGUGGUGGAAACGGACAAACUAAUAGCUGUUGCAUGACUAAUGGAAACGCACAAGAGCAUGACAGUGACAAUUCAACACUUCCAGUUCAGAAAUUGUAUGACCAAUCUGAGUUCAUGCCACUGGACCCAACACAAGAGAUUAUUUUCCCACCUGAGCUCAUGACCCUAAGUAAACAGCCCCAGAGAGAGCUGAGGUUUGUUGGGGAACGAGUGGUUUGGAUUCAACCCUGCUCCCUCAAAGAACUCUUGGAGCUGAAGGCAACCUAUCCAAACGCUAAACUAGUGGUUGGGAACACAGAAGUUGGUAUUGAGAUGAAGUUCAAAAACCUUCUUUACCCUGUGAUUCUGGCACCAGCUUACAUCCCUGAACUGAACAUCAUCCAACACACUCAGGAUGGCAUUCAGGUUGGUGCAUCAGUGACGUUGACUGUGCUGGGGGAAGUGUUGCGUACAGCGGUGAAGAAUCUGCCUGCUCAUCAGACGGAGGUCUUUAAGGCUGUUCUUGAGCAGCUGCGUUGGUUUGCAGGACAACAAAUUAGAAAUGUUGCGGCCGUUGGUGGCAAUAUUAUGACAGCGAGUCCCAUUUCAGACCUCAACCCAGUGUUUAUGGCAGCCGGCUGCAAACUAACGGUGAUGUCCAAAGGGGAGAAACGUGUUCUUGAAAUGGAUGACAAGUUCUUCCCCGGUUAUAGGAAGACCAUUUUGAAGCCAGAGGAGAUUCUGUUGUCUAUUAAGAUUCCAUACACAAAAAAGGGCCAGUACUUCUCAGCUUUCAAACAGUCCCCUCGCAAAGAGGAUGACAUUGCCAUUGUCACAUGUGGGAUGAAUGUAUUGUUCAAAGAGCAAUCCAAUAUAGUGCAGAGUAUCCGAAUAAGCUACGGAGGAAUGGCCUCUGUCACAGUUUUUGCCACUACGACAUGCAACAGGUUACUGAACAGGCAAUGGAACGAGGAGCUUCUAGAGGAAGCCUGCACCUCAUUGGCUGAGGAGAUGAUUCUGUCUCCGUCAGCUCCUGGUGGGAUGGUGACAUACAGACGCACACUGACUAUCAGCUUCUUCUAUAAGUUCUUCCUCACUGUCCAGCACAAACUGGCUCUGGAUCUGCAAAUGGAGGGUGUGACUGUGGAAGACAUCAGACCUGAAUAUGCUACUGCUACUGAGCUCUUCCAGUUGGACUUACCGUCCAGUGUACAGCUCUACCAGGCAGUUCCCCCUGGUCACAAUAGUGAUGAUGUCGUGGGGCAACCGAUCAUGCACCUCUCUGCGCUUAAGCAGGCCACAGGAGAAGCGAUCUACUGUGACGACAUCCCUUGUUAUGAAAAUGAGCUCCAUUUGGCUUUGGUGACCAGCACUAAAGCUCACGCACUAAUAAAAUCCAUUGACACCUCUGAUGCAAUGGCAGUUCCUGGAGUGGUCGCAUUUGUCUCUGCCAAAGACAUCCCAGGAAGUAACAUGACAGGACCUGCCGUUUAUGAUGAGACAGUUUUUGCAGAUGAUAAGGUCACAUGCGUUGGACAUGUAGUAGGGGCCAUUGUGGCAGACACACAGGCUCAUGCUCAGAGAGCAGCUAAAGCUGUGAAGAUCAGCUAUGAGGAACUGCAGCCUGUGAUUGUCACCAUUCAGGAUGCUAUUGCCAACAAGUCCUUUUUUCAGCCAGUGAGAAGUAUAGAGAGAGGAGAUGUUGCACAAGGAUUCAAAGACUCUGAUCACAUCUUGCACGGUGGGAUGCACAUUGGAGGACAGGAACAUUUUUAUCUGGAGACUAAUUGCACUCUGGCCGUCCCUCGCGGAGAGGAUGGAGAAAUGGAGCUGUUUGUGUCCACACAGUCGGCCUCCAAGACUCAAGCCCUAGUGGCUAAAGCUUUGGGAGUGCCUGCCAACCGGGUGGUGUGUCGUGUAAAGAGGAUGGGAGGAGCAUUUGGAGGGAAGGAGUGUCGGAGUACCAUUCUGUCCACAGUGGUGGCUGUUGCAGCAUAUAUGGUCAAGAGGCCAGUUCGUUGUAUGUUAGAUCGCGAUGAGGACAUGCUGGUCACAGGUGGUCGGCAUCCAUUCUUUGGACAUUACAAGGUUGGUUACAUGAAUGAUGGAAGAGUGAUGGCGCUUGAUGUGACGCUCUACAGCAACGCAGGCAAUUCACUGGACCUGUCAUUGUCAAUCCUGGAGAGGGCAUUAUUUCACAUGGAUAACUCCUACAACAUUCCUAACAUUCGUGGCACAGGCUACAUGUGUAAAACCAACCUGCCGUCUAACUCGGCGUUCAGAGGCUUUGGUGGGCCGCAGGGCAUGAUGAUCGCAGAGAGCUGGAUGAGUGAUGUGGCUCUGAGCUGUGGUCUGCCUGCUGAAGAGGUGAGGAGGAUGAACUUAUACAAGGAGGGGGAUUUCACACCCUUUAAUCAACGUCUGGACCAGUUCACUAUUGAUCGCUGCUGGGAGGAAUGCAUGCAGCUCUCAGAUUUCAAUAAGCGCAAGGAUGCAGUGGAACAAUACAACAGGCAGCAUCGUUGGACCAAAAGAGGGUUGUCUAUCAUUCCCACCAAGUUUGGCAUCAGCUUCACUGCAGUCUUUCUCAACCAGGCUGGAGCAUUGGUACUUGUGUACUCGGAUGGUUCGGUUUUACUAACUCAUGGUGGAACAGAGAUGGGCCAAGGCCUGCACACUAAAAUGAUCCAGGUGGCCAGUAAAACUCUUGGAAUCCCCUGCUCAAAGAUUCACAUCACAGAGACCAGCACUAACACAGUUCCCAACACCAGCCCUACGGCCGCCUCUGCCUCCUCGGACCUUAACGGCAUGGCCAUCUAUAAUGCUUGCCAGACGUUACUACAGAGACUUCAGCCUUACAAAGACAAAAACCCCAAAGGCUGCUGGGAGGAUUGGGUGAAAGCAGCCUAUUUUGACAGAGUCAGUUUGUCUGCCAAUGGAUUUUACAAGACUCCAGAUCUUGGUUAUGAUUUUGAAACAAAUUCAGGAAGGCCAUUUAACUACUUCAGUUAUGGCGUGGCCGUCUCAGAGGUGGAGAUAGACUGUCUAACCGGCAGUCAUAAGAAUCUGCAUACAUCUAUAGUCAUGGAUGUGGGCAAGAGUUUAAAUCCAGCAUUGGACAUUGGACAGGUGGAGGGUGGUUUCAUGCAAGGUUUGGGUCUUUUCACCCUGGAGGAGCUACGCUACUCUCCUGAUGGCUACCUGUAUACUCGUGGACCUGGCAUGUAUAAGAUUCCCGCUUUUGGGGAUAUUCCUAUUGAAUUAAAGGUCUCGCUGCUCAGAGAUGCUCCUAAUGAAAAGGCCAUCUACUCCUCAAAGGCUGUGGGCGAACCUCCUCUCUUUCUGGCGGCCUCAGUGUUUUAUGCUAUUAAAGACGCCAUCACAGCUGCUAGGGCUGAGUCCGGCCUGACUGGACCCUUUAGACUGGACAGCCCCGCCACGCCUGAACGGAUACGAAAUGCCUGUGAAGAUAAGUUUACUAAACUGUGUCCUCCUGCGGAUCCUGGCACCUUUACUCCGUGGGCAGUGCAGGUGUAAGACACAGCACGAAGAGCCAGUUUAAAGUCAGCUGGAAUCAAAAAUGCACAUGGUCUUGUGUAUGAUUCAUUUGUGCAUGUGUUUGUCGUUGUAAUCUUUACUCACAAUUCUGCUGGUCAGCACAGCCAAAUAGGCAUUAAAGGGCCCUUCAGCCACUUAAAGGGAUAGUUCACCCAAAAAUGAACUCACCCUCAUGUCAUUCCAAACCUGUAAGACCUUCGUUUAUCUUUGGAACACAAUUAAGAUAUUUUUUAUGAAAUCUGAGAGAUUUCUGACCCUGCAUAGACAGCAACAUAACUACCACAUUUAAGGCCAAGAAAAGUGGUAAGGACAUUGUUAAAAUAGUCCAUGUGGCAUCAGUGGUUUAACCGUAAUUUUAUGAAACUAUGAGAAUACUUUUUGUGCACAAACUUCUGCUAAGAAAACAAAAAUAACUUUAUUCAAAAAUGAUGACUGCAUUUAAUAAGUAUUCUCGUAUCUUCAUAAAAUCACAGCUGAACCACUAAUUUCCCAUGGACUAUUUUAACGAUGCCCUUACUACCUUUCUGAGCCUUGAAGGUUUCAGUUGCCUUGCUGUCUAUGCAGGGUCAGAAAGCUCUCGGAUUUCAUCAGAAAUAUCUUAAUUUGUGACCCUGGACCACAAAACCAGUCUUAAGUCGCUGGGGUUUAUUUGUAGCAAUAGCCAAAAAUACAUUGUAUGGGUCAAAAUUAUUGAUUUUUCUUUUAUGGCAAAAAUCAUUAGGAUAUUAAGUAAAGAUCAUGUUCCAUUUAGAUAUUUCGUAAAAUUCCUACUGUAAAUGUAUGAAAACUUAAUUUUUGAUUAGUAAUAUACAUUGUUAAGAACAUUAUUUGAAGAACUUUAAAGGUGAUUUUCUCAAUAUUUUGAUUUUUUUGCACCCUCAGAUUCCAGAUUUUUAAAUAGUUGUAUCUGUCCUAUCCUAACAAACCAUACAUCAAUGAAAAGCUUAUUUAUUCAGCUUUCAUAUGAUGUAUAAAUCUCAAUUUUGAAAAAAUGACCCUUAUGACUGGUUUUGUGAUCUAGGGUCACAUUUGUGUUCUAAAGAUGAACUAAGUUUUUACAGGUUUGGAACGACAUGAGGGUGGGUAAUCAUUGACAGAAUUUUUGGGUGAACUGUCACUUUAAUUCCUGAUGGAUAAAGUCAAUUCCUGGCCCACAUUUUUUUAGACCUGUUUCACUCAGAAAUACAUUUAUGAAAUUAAAAGGUUGCAAAUGGAAAUUCACAAUGACUUUAAAACGCACAACAGCAAACAAAGGCAUUCAGUGAAGAACAUUAAUCGCCAAAGAAUUGGAAAGACUGAGGAUCUUGUCUUGAGCAGAUUAUACUGUAAAAACAAAAGCACUUGUGCUUUUAUGACCUCUCUGUGCUCUUUGUGAAACUUACAUUAUAUAUAUAUAACAGGUAAUAAAGUGUAAAUGAAGGGUGCACAAAGUAAUAUGUUAUCUCGUUGUGAAAAUGAUUAAUUUAUUUUUAACUGAAGCUGUCUAAUAAUAGAGAUAAUAAUACUAAGAUAAAGCAAAGCAGUGUUUGUCAGGUCAUGUGAUCUUAAUAUGAUAAAUAAGGCUAACUAGAAUGUUAAAUCAAAUUUUCUACAUCAGAGUAAAGUGAGUGUACAGUACAAAUACGUAGUACCUCUUUAAAUAUUAAUAUGAAUACUAAUAUGUGACUUUUCGUUUACUUAGGGCAAUUGAAUUAAAUUGUGGUUUGUUACAAUAUACAAUAUUUGUUACGAUUCAGGCUAGACUACAGUGCUUGUCAUAUUAAUUUAAUUUAAAUAUUAAUGAUUAAAUGACUGCUGUGCAUAUUCAUACAGUAUGUUCAAUCUUGUUACGAACUAUAAUGUAUUUUUCCACAACAACUCACAGUAUUAAAUAAAAGUCUGUUCUAACAUUUAGAA